GGCAGAAGUUCAGCAAACAUACAGGGAUAUUUUGACGUUUUUUCCCCGGGUCGCAGAUUGGAACACUUGCAGCUAACUCUGACAACAUCUUAUUUUGGAUUGAAAAUCUUUACCAGAAAAUCACAUCAGUGGUAACGCUGUCCGUUCAAGCCCCUGAAGAACUUCUCCUGGAGUUUACCUCCCAUUGCGACGUCGAUCCAACUGCCCCGGGGGUUCCGGGGGAGAUGACCUGUGAAGGUCUGGCUAUAGGAGAUACCGUGUGGUUUGAAAUCGAUGUGACGGCAGAGGAAUGCAUAGAGGGCGGCACCACAAGUUUCUCUGUUAGUCCAGUUGGCUUUAGUGAGGAGCUUCUUGUUAUGGUUGAUGUCAUUUGCGGCUGUGACUGUGAGAAGGAAGGGAUAACAAACAGUCCGGAGUGUAACUACAACGGGACAAACCAGUGUGGCAUGUGUGCCUGUAACAUGGGACGGUAUGGUGAUGAGUGCCAGUGUAGUGGAGAGAGUUCAUCGGUAGGAGACGAUAGGCUGGCCUGUAUCGCAUCCGGUUCUUUGUCCAUCUGCUCUGGGCGUGGUGAAUGCAUCUGUGGGGAAUGUGUUUGUAACAAACAGAAGGAUCCAACUCAAGUUGUUUCUGGGGAGUUUUGCCAGUGCGACAACUUCAACUGUCCUCUCUUUGAGGGGCAGCUCUGUGGAGGUCCUUCCCGAGGCACCUGUGUAUGUGACCGAACCACUCAGCAAAGCACAUGCCAGUGCACGGCCGAGUACGAAGGAGACUCCUGCAACUGUCUCAGAUCCCAAGAAGCUUGUAUUGCUAACAAUGGGCUUAUCUGUAAUGCCCAUGGUACCUGCACAUGUGGCGCAUGUAGGUGUGAUACAGAUUCACCCUUCAAAGGACCAACAUGCUUUGACUGUGCUACCUGCACCGGACAGUGUGAGGUGUAUCAAGAGUGUGUCCAAUGCAAGGCUUUCAACAGUGGCCCACUCACAGAGGAGCAAUGCGACAUGUGUACCGUGGAGGUCAUUAUAGUUGAGAGAUUCCCUGAAGUGGACUACCCGUACAACUGCUCAGUGAAUCACAUUGACAACUGUACUAUCGUCUUCAUACCUUACUUCAUGGAUGGAGAGGACGCGGUUCCAGUUAUUUACGUCCUUGAAGACACAGUUUGUCCCCGAGGACCGGUUGCUCCCGGGGUUGAUGCUAGAUGGGUGGCGGUCGGUCUAGCCAUCGCCAUCGUCCUCAUCGGUAUCCUACUGAUCAUCCUGUACAAGUGUUACAUCAUGUGGCUUGACAGGAAAGAGUAUAAUGAAUGGGAGAAGGAGAAAGCUAAUGCACAAUUUAGUCAGAACGAGAAUCCGCUGUACAAGCCAGCUAGCACGGUCCACAAAAACCCUGCCUAUGGAGCACAGUUUUCAGACACAGGAGAGCAAGCGCCAGCCCUGCAAGAAAAAUCAUAACCUAAUACUGUACUAUGGUGAAAUGUGUUGUGGUCAACUCAAAUGUUUUUUCAUGAUGAUGUACAGCAUUUGAAAAUAGACAACAAAAACAUGUACAAUUAACUCUCCUGGCCUCUUAAGAAUUAUUUUAGGGACAACAUAUCUGUCAUUGUAAAUAUAAAGAGGACCACUGAGAAGGGAAAGAAGGAUUUCUGUGUCUUAAAGAGAGCAAUAAAUAUAGUCCAACAUUUUACUUCAUUUUACCACAAGAGUUAGCUGCCAUAAGUGACAUCAGGACAUGCUCAGCCUUGCAUUACAUUAUUAGAAAUGUCUUUUUGUACAUGUAGUUUUAACCCCUCCCCAACUCCCCCCCC